CCGGGCUCUUUUCCCCCCGACCCACGCCAUGUUUCUAGUUGUGGUGUAGGGAUGCUGUGCGGAUCAUUCCAUCACAUGCAGCAGUCCCGAGCAUAUGGAGAACCGCUGAUUCGUCGACUUCCAAGGACCAGGGUGCUGAAAUGGAACGAAUAUGUUUGAUCCUUUUGCUUAUAAGUAAGGCAUUAUCAGUUGGAGCACAAUUCAAUGGAUACAACUGUGAUGCCAACUUCCACAGCCGCUUCCCUGCGGAGCGGGACAUUAGUGUGUACUGUGGGGUGCAGACAAUCACCCUCAAGAUCAACUUUUGUCCUGUUCUCUUCUCCGGCUACACCGACACUGACCUGGCCCUCAACGGUCGCCAUGGAGAUGCCCACUGCCGUGGUUUCAUCAAUAACAACACCUUCCCCACCGUGGUCCUCUUCAGCAUUAGCCUAGCCACCCUGGAGACAUGUGGCAAUGCCCUGGUGGUUUCCACGGCUCAGGGGCCUAAUGCUUAUGGGAACCUCUCACUGGUGCAGAUUGGGAACAUAUCAGGGUACAUCGAUACACCAGACCCCCCAACUAUCAUUAGCUACCUGCCAGGUCUGCUCUACAAAUUCAGCUGUAGCUACCCUCUGGAAUACCUGGUGAACAAUACACAGUUGGCUUCGUCAGCUGCUGCAAUAUCAGUGAAGGACAGCAAUGGUACUUUUGUCAGUACUUUGAGUCUACUGCUUUACAAUGACUCAUCAUACGUUCAGCAGCUGUCAAUUCCUAUGGCGGGGCUCACACUGAAGACACGUGUGUUUGCAGCAGUCAAAGCUACCAACUUGGACAGGAGAUGGAAUGUUCUGAUGGACUACUGUUACACCACUGCCUCUGGGAAUCCAAAUGAUGAACUUCGCUAUGACCUCUUCUUUAGCUGUGACAAAGACCCACAGACAACUGUGUUUGAGAAUGGGAAGAGUCAAAUGGGCCGUUUUGCCUUUGAAGUGUUUCGCUUUGUCAAGCACAAGAACCAGAAAAUGUCUACCGUCUUCCUGCACUGCGUUACCAAGCUAUGUCGAGCCGAUGACUGCCCCAUGCUCAUGCCGAUCUGUGGUAGUAGAAAGAAGCGGGACGUCUCAGAGAGGACGGAAUCAAACUCUGCAUCAGGAAACGCUAUCAUUACUGCUGGGCCAAUAAUCACAAGGAGCGAUGACACUCCAAUGAACAACUCACAACUAGCUCAACUAAACAGCCCAGUGUUUCGGAUGAACACGGUGACCAGCGCACUUAUCUCAGGCAUCAUCAUCCUUGGUGUAAUGAGCCUGUGUUUCUUCAUCUUAUCCCUUACCCUCCUCAAGGGCAAGAGGGCCCCACCGACCAUCUUGUCGGGGGCUUGCAACCCAGCUUUCAACUAACUCCAGCGAUCGCCCCUGCUCCCAAGAUCUUGCCUUCCCCCUCUCCAUGAGGACACUACGGAGAGAGUGGGACUCACAUGUACACAUUUAGAGUAGAGUGAAAAGCCCAAAUUGUUCAUUUAUAUGAAUGUAAACUGUACUGUAUAAUUCAUGUUAGCAUAGGUAUAGUUGACAUCUCGAGAAUGUAUAUUUCUUUGUAUGUAUUGUACUUAUAUUGUUUCAACCCAGUGACAGUCUGGUUAUUGUUAGGCGUUUAAUUUGCAAA